GUUGACUGUAACCUACAAUACAGGUGCAGCCCAGCCUAAAAAAUAAAUCGUCCGACCAGCCGUGAUUCGUGUCAAGAUUCGUGUUCACCAUAUUUUCCCAAUUUAUUGAUUGUAAGUCCAUGACGGACCGUUUCAACAAUGCAGGACGUUGAACAUCUUCCCAUAGAUAUACACUACAACAAAUUGUUAGACUGGCUUGUCAACCGUCGUCACUGCAAGCAGCAAUGGCAGGCUGCAUCCUUGAUUGUACAAGAGAAGAUUACAGCAGCUGUCCAAGGUCUGCCUGAUAGCAAGGAGAUCAAGGGGCUUGUAGCAAGAACUGAUUUGAACUAUUUUCACUGCCAGCAAGUUAUUGAGCUGUUAAAAGACACCUCGUGUGGGGAGAAGAACAUAUUUGGCCAGUAUUCAUCCGUGGAGAUGAAGGCCUGGUCUGACAUCAUCAAGAUCUACGAGAGGGAUGGAAUGUUUCUGGCGGAGACAGCACAAAUGUUGAUCAGAAAUGUCAGUUAUGAGAUACCUGCACUCAAGAAACAGAUAGCUAGAUGUCAACAAGUACAGAAGGAAUGUGAUAAGAAGGAGGCAGAUUAUGUCAGUAAAGCUUCUGAACUAAGAAAAAAAUAUGCAGCAAGUUGCAAAGAAUUGGGAAUAAAGGGCGACAAAAUCAAGUCAGAGUUAGCGGCCCUUGUUAAAGAUCUUCCCAAGGUGUACGAGGAGGUAGCAAAGUCAACACAUAGUCUGACAUCGGCUGUAAAGUACUACCAGGAUUUCUCAGCCUUCCUUAUGGGCAGUGAAUUGAAAGAUGCAGACUGCCUGCCAGUAUUACGGUUUAUACAAGAAAAAGGAAAUGCUCGCACUUACGAGUGGACACAUGGCUGCCAACCUGUCAGUGUACUGGAAGACUCUAUCGUCAUAGAUACGCAAGAUGAGGAGGAUGCUAAGGAAACUGGAGAUAUUGACUGGGAUAUAGCUACAGCAGAGGGGGCUGCGGGGGCAGAGAUAGACUUUGACAUCUCUGGGAUAACGCUGGAGAGCGGAGGAACAGACGAGGGCAAGAUCGAUAUUGACGUAGAGGCCCUUGGUGAAGAAAUCAACUGGGGCGAUACAGAAGACAUUAACAACGUUGCAAACAUAGUAACAUCACAAGAGGGUGUUGCCACUGGGGAGGAGGCUAUGACAAUGCUGGACAAUGUGAGGAUGCGCAAUCUCUUCCUGGAUGAUCUCAUGGAGUUGGAGGUGUUCCUUACCCAGCGCCUAUCAGAGCUUCACAGUAAAGGCAAUGUGUUAGCAUCCAGCCACUUCACCUCGGCCCCGGCCUCCAUACAGGUAGAUGACAAGGUCGUGGAGUCCAUGGCAACCAAGGUCAAGGACAUCAUAUCUAGACUGACCUCUGUCCAGCUGCAGCAUCUCAUGUUGAUACGAAACUCACCUAGGUAUGUGGACCGUCUGCGAGACUCAUUACGACAGACGCUGACUCUGGCUGACAAGAUGGUGUUCUAUGAGAAGGAAAUGGUGUCGCGUCGUAACGCAGCCAUAGAAGAAGAACAGGAGCUGCACCCUAGAGUGGCUUCCAUGGUGAAGAGGACCAAAGAGAUGCAAAAACAGAUGGAAAAGGAGAUUUCAAAAAAGUACAAAGACAGGCCUGUCAACAUUAUGGGGGAGAUCAAUACUAUAUGAUGGAUGUUUAGACAAAUAGAAAUACGAGUCGCGUUCUGAGAAAACUGGGCUUAAUGCAUGUGCCUAAAGUGUCGUCCCAGAUUAGCCUGUGCUGUCCGCACAUCAGGGACGACAGUUUCCACCUAAACUCAAUUUUCGGUACGGAGGGACUUCCUUGAAACUAAAAAUACCAUAAAAGCGGAAAGUGUCGUCCCUGAUUAGCCUGUGCAGUCCGCCAAUCUGGGACGACACUUUACGCACAUGCUUUAAGCCCAGUUUUCUCAGAACAAGGCUCAGAUAUGUUUGCAUCACAUAAUAAGAUAAAUAUUACAUGCACUCCAUUUAGGCAGUGCAUAGGACAUUCAAUAGGGUUCAACAUAAUCAGGGGUUUAAUGGGCACUUAAGUAGCAAUUGAGCCACUAUGCCAUAAAUUACAAAUCAUGUACAUCUUCAUCUACAAGUUAGCAAGUUUUUGUCGGACAGCAGUUUUUACCAGAAGUUCUAAUUAUUUUGUGUAUUGUAAUGCUUACACGCAAUUAGCUUUGUCACAUACAGAAACUUGUUUUCUUAAAGUUAACAGCAACAUUCUUUAAAGUAAAGUAUAAAAUUAAAACAAUUGCAUUGUUUAGAAAUUUCGGCAAAAUGAAAUUUAACCACCGACCAAUGCGCUUGAGAUUUUCGUUCAUCUACAUAAAUAGGGCAGAUCUCAAAGAUUUUUUGACAACCUCAUAUUUAAUUAUAAACUGCUGUGGUUAACACGCACACAUUAUUGAAAUUCUUGAUUUUUUACCUUUAAAAACUUGUUAUUUUUUGUUGUAAACAGAUAUCUGAAUGAUCGCAAAUGUACAAAUUAAUGAAUUAUAAAUUCACUGUUUGGAUUUUCUCUGUUGAAAAGAGAUAUCUUUGUUUGCACAAAGAUCUAUAAAUAAACAUGUUUACAUUCGCUUGUAGAUAACAAACACAGGAUAUAUCAGUGAAUUUUAAUGCAAUAUUUUUAUUAUUAAGAGUGUAUUUGAAGAAAACUUGUAUAUUUUGUCAGAGAAAUACAUGCUGACCAGUCGUCUACUGAAUGUAAUAACUAGGGUAACUGACAUUUUGUGAAUUGUUCAGGAAUGCAUAUUUUCAGACCUUCUCCAAAAUACAGUAAGAGCACUUACGUUACUUUUUGCGCUCAAAAUAUUUCAGUGUUGAAAAUUAUGGUAACUGCUCCUUUCUUAAUUUUUUAUUGUUUUAAAAAAGACAUAUCAAUUUGGAGUUUUGUUUCGUUUUUUAAGUGUUAUUAUAAUAUCAAUCAGAAAAUUUGAAUACGGAAACAUGUUUAUUAUUUUAAUAGAACAUUUUUUUGCUUCUCUUGAAAAUUUAACAAAAUGUCAGUUACGCUACUUUUUGCAUUCAGAAAAUGACAUGUGUUUGUUAUGUCAAUUUCAAAAAUUUGAUAAAAACAUUAUUUUUACCAAAAAGGUUGACUUAAUAUUUUAACAGUUGAUGUAUGUCACCUUAAUAAACACAAAAAUGGAAAAAAGUAAAAAUUUAUAAAAAUGUCAGUUACAUGACUUAUUAUAUUCAGUAGGCGCAGUGUGUGAGAUUACAACAAUUAUAGUGAUAUAUAUUUAUGCCCCCUUUCGAAAAAGAGGGCCUAUAUUGUUUUGCACAUGUCGGUCCGUCGGUUGGUCCGUCCACCAAAUGGUUUCUGGAUGAUAACUCAAGAACGCUUAGGCCUAGGAUGAAACUACAUAGGUACAUUGAUCAUGACUGGCAGAUGACCCCUAUUGAUUUUCAGGUCACUAGGUCAAAGGUCAAGGUCACAGUGACUCGAAACAGUAAAAUUGUUUCGGAUGAGUACUCAAGAAUGCCUACGCAUAGGAUCAUGAAACUUCAUAGGAACAUUGAUCUUGACUGGCAGAUGACCCCUAUUGAUUUUCAGGUCAAAGGUCAAUGUCACAGUGACUCGAAACAGUAAAAUGGUUUCCGGAUGAUUACUCAAGAAUGCUUAGGCCUAGGAUCAUGAAACUUCAUAGGUACAUUGAUCGUGACUGGCAGAUGACCCCUAUUGAUUUUCAGGUCACUAGGUCAAGUUAACAGUGACCUGAUGCAGUAAAAUGGUUUCUAACGUAUUCAAACAGUGGCUGCCACUACAACGGACAGCCCAUUUGGGGGGCAUGCGUGUUUGGCAGAUGACCCCUAUUGAUUUUCAGGUCAAAGGUCAAGUUCACAGUGACUCGAAACAGUAAAAUGGUUUCCAGAUGAUUACUCAAGAAUGCUUAGGCCUAGGAUCAUGAAACUUCAUAGGUACAUUGAUCGUGACUGGCAGAUGACCCCUAUUGAUUUUCAGGUCACUAGGUCAAGUUAACAGUGACCUGAUGCAGUAAAAUGGUUUCUAACGUAUUCAAACAGUGGCUGCCACUACAACAGACAGCCCAUUUGGGGGGCAUGCGUGUUUUACAAACAGCCCUUGUUAUAAAAAAAUUAGCUCAAACAAUAAGCUGUUGCUGCUAGAUAAAAAAUUGAGUGUAGAGAAUGUUUUUUACAAAAUGUUCAUUUGUAUUUUAGAUUAUUAUAUGGCAUUACAUUUAAUAUAAUGAUUACAUGAUACAUGUGUAUAGUGUAUGCUGGUUCAUUUCGUCAUGAAAGAAAAUAUCAAUAUUUUAUUCAACUUUUGCUUAGAAUAUAAAGAUUGAAAUAUGUGUGCAGUAGGAUCUAGUCACUUGUAUCGAAGUGCUGAUUUUGUAUAUUAAUGAAUCUAUUUAUUGAUGGUGUUUCACAUAUUGUUGUAUUUUAUUUGCCAAGCUUGGGAUUAUUGUAGGUUAAGGAUCUAGAAAUAAACUUUGUUUUAAGUUGUUUAACCAAAAGGUGCUGUGUACAGAUAAGAAACAAUCAUUUAAUUCAUUGACUAUUCUGCGUUUUGUAUUUCUUGGUAUUUUUGUCUAUUAUUAUAUUUUUAUUGAGUACAUUCCUUCUGAGUUUUUGAGUUUUUGAUAUUUUUUCUUAUUUAUUUAAGUUUUUGAAAUGUCAACCACAUUCACAAACAAUCUUGUGUACUUGAUUAGUUUCCUGGAAUGGAUUCUUUCCGAUCACAGUUAUUUGAUUUUCAAUCAAUUCUGGUAUUUUAUUGUGCAUAUUGUGUUAUUUAGUUAAUCUAUGAUUGCUUUAAUAUUAUUGGUAGUGAUAUUUCACUUGUUCAAAAAUGAUUUGAAUAAAUAUAAUAGACAACAUAACUAAAGUGUUCUUAUAUUUGUUAGAUGUUAGAUUAAUUGAACGAACUGUAGUAAGCCUGGAGCAUUACACCCAGAUGUUCACAAAUAGCCCAAUUACUUGAGCGGUAUGUCGAAAAUACUAGGUAAGUUUUGAACACUGUUAAAUUUAUUUAGUCUGGCAAAGCGAACUUGAACAAUUGUGAGUAGUUUUUUGUGAGUAAUGUUUUUUGUGCCAAGCAAAAAAGAAUU